ACCUUGGGUUAUCUUAACCCAGCUUUGAACAACCCAGCCUGGAAGGAUAAAUGCUGCAUGUUAAUUUGUUUCACCGCAUUAGUUUUUUUUUAUUUAUAGCUUUAAACUUUUCAUGAUCCAAGGCCAACUCAGAGCUCCUGUAACCCAGUGUUGGUCUGUUCAUUUUUUUUAUGGGGGGCUUUGUCGGGUGGGAUUUGACUGGUAGCUCCUGUAUAUGAAGACCCUCUCUUCAUCAGAAUUUUUGUUGGGAAGCCACAACCCCGCUCCUUGUAUCCCAAGAUCAAAUAACCAGGAUUCAGGUGAAUUUUAGCUAGCAAAAAUGCUACGACUUUUUUGGAUUGAAUGGGUAGUACUUCAUGAACAGUAAAACUCAAAAUCAACAUUAAAAUCAGUGAAACUCAAACUCAGGGUUGCAAACAACAGAGUAAGAAAAAUUAGCCUUUCAUAAAUUUGUCGGCUGAGUUAAUGUUCAAAUAAAAUUGUGAGCAGUUUCACCAUAUUUUGUUGUAGUAUUGGCUGUUGGGUUUUCAAAAUGUGGUCAUUUUUAGGAAGCCCACCAUCGAGAUGCGGUCAUCUCUAGGUGGGCAGUCAAAACUACAACAAAUACCGGUUAAAUUAAAAUUGUUGGUUUUAAUUUGAAUUAAGUUUGUUGGUUAAAUGGCCAUGAGGAAAUUAUGCACAAGUGAAUAAUCACAACCCUGAGUUUGAAAUCCACAAAACUUUUUAUUUUGGACCACAUUUGAUUUUUUAGUAUGAUGUACAAAAAAUACAGUAAAUGAUCUGACUACUGGACCUUUGUCCAGUAGAUUUGUUGUAGUGUAUUUACUUGUAUAAUAAAGGGGAGGUAGUGUGGGCCCUCGAUCUGUACGGUAUAGAACAGUUACUGUGUGAUUUUGAAUUUCUAGUUCUAGUACUCGGACAUCCUUGCCCGUUGUACGACCCUAGGCUUUAUUAUAAUCAGAUGACAGAAGAGGAAUGCAACACAUUCCCAGGUUGUGUACCAUUGACUCACUUCAAAGUGGUUAUGUGAUUUAGAAUUAUUGGACGCUAAAAAAGACCGGGGCCCAGUUGUUCCAAAGACCGAUUAGCACUAACCCAGGGUUAGAUUUUAACCCGUGUUUCUUUUUCCUUUUAAUCAAAAGCAUUUUGUCAGAUAAUUUUCUCUUUUCUUUUUUACGUAUCCAGUCACCAAAUUGUAGACAAAAGGAAUUUAAAUCAAUUUGUUUUUGAAACUUUCGUAUCUGAAUUCAUAUUUCGUACUAACCUUGGGUUAUCUUAACCCAGCUUUGAACAACCCAGCCUGGGAGAAUAAAUGCUGCAUGUUAAUUUGUUUCACCGCCUUAGUUUUUUCUUUUCUAGCAUGACGAGAUUCAUACGACUUUGAAAUUCACCACAGGGAGGAAGUUUCAAUUUCCGGUGUCCUUGUAAAAACCUAAUUAGGAUUCAAUUAAUAGCCGCUAAUCUGUCAUGACUUGUGUACUUUGCGUCACUGAUGGAAAACGACCUGAGACGAAAGACAGAUACUAUUUUAGGUUCCUUUGUAUCAUCUUCAAAUGGCUACCUAUUAUCAUUUUAGCGCAAAAACGUUUUAAGGUCGACACUGAUCCCUCGAGCAUUUCAUAAAUUCUCAAUAACUGCUAAUGAUGUGAAAGUGUAAUUUUCAUGGAGAAUGUUGAUGGAGAUCACUAUUUCUUAAGCCUGAUCGCAAACAGUUCAAUUCAGUCAGAGUUCAGUUUUUAAGUGUGGAUCGUAGUGGAUAUUUUCAAUUUUAUCGAAUCCAUUUUAAGAAAACAGGAAAAUUUAUUUUGCCAAAGCCAGUGGCUAUCAAUUGUCGGUAAAAGUGAGUAAAAUUUCAUAAACCAAAAAUUGAUUUACAGAUUAAAGCUUUAUUUAAUUUUGCACUGAUUAGAUCUGUGAAGAUGAUAGUGCAUGUCCCGCAUUAAGUAAAACAGUUUGGCCUUGCUGAUGCAACAGAGCAGCGUAGCCUUUUUAGGCUGUGGCUCUGUGAGAAUUUUAUUCUCCGGGUGUCUCAGAGAGAACUAAAAACGCGCUUUUCAGAUAUUGUUUGUAUCUCCGUCUAGCAUUAAGUAAAACGGUUUGGCCUUCCUGAUUCAACAGAGCAGCUUAGCCCUUUUUAGGCUGUGGCUCUGUGAGAAUUUUAUUCUCCGGUUGUCUCAGAGGGAACUAAAAACUCGCUUUUAGAUAUUGUUUAAAUCUCUGUCCAGCAUUUAAGAAAAACGUUUGGCCUUCCUGAUUCAACAGAGCAGCUUAGCCUUUUUAGGCUGUGGUUCUGUGAGAAUUUUAUUCUCCGGGUGUCUCAGAGGGAACAAAAACCGCGCUUUCAGAUAUUGUUUUAAUCUCUGUCCAGCAUUAAGAAAAAACGUUUGGCCUUCCUGAUUCAACAGAGCAGCUUAGCCUUUUUAGGCUGUGGCUCUGUGAGAAUCUUAUUCUCCGGGUGUCUCAGAGGGAACUAAAAACUCGCUUUUCACAUAUUUUUUGAAUCCCCGUCUAGCAUUAAGUAAAACAGUUUGGCCUUCCUGAUUCAACAGAGCAGCUUAGCCUUUUUAGGCUGUGGCUCUGUGAGAAUUUUAUUCUCCGGGUGUCUCAGAGGGAACUAAAAACUCGCUUUUAGAUAUUGUUUGAAUCUCUGUCCAGCAUUAAGAAAAAACGUUUGGCCUUCCUGAUGCAACAGAGCAGCUUAGCCUUUUUAGGCUGUGCAUGGCUCUGUGAGAAUUUUAUUCUCCGGGUGUCUCAGAGGGAACUAAAAACUCGCUUUUAGAUAUUGUUUGAAUCUCUGUCCAGCAUUAAGAAAAAAACGUUUGGCCUUCCUGAUUCAACAGAGCAGCUUAGCCUUUUUAGGCUGUGGUUCUGUGAGAAUUUUAUUCUCCGGGUGUCUCAGAGGGAACUAAAAACUCGCUUUUAGAUAUUGUUUGAAUCUCUGUCCAGCAUUAAGAAAAAACGUUUGGCCUUCCUGAUGCAACAGAGCAGCUUAGCCUUUUUAGGCUGUGCAUGGCUCUGUGAGAAUUUUACUCUCCGGGUGUCUCAGAGGGAACUAAAAACUCGCUUUUAGAUAUUGUUUGAAUCUCUGUCCAGCAUUAAGAAAAAACGUUUGGCCUUCCUGAUUCAACAGAGCAGCUUAGCCUUUUUAGGCUGUGGUUCUGUGAGAAUUUUAUUCUCCGGGUGUCUCAGAGGGAACUAAAAACUCGCUUUUCACAUAUUUUUUGAAUCCCCGUCUAGCAUUAAGUAAAACAGUUUGGCCUUCCUGAUUCAACAGAGCAGCUUAGCCUUUUUAGGCUGUGGCUCUGUGAGAAUUUAUUCUCCGGGUGUCUCGGAGGGAACUAAAAACGCGCUUUUAGAUAUUGUUUUAAUCUCUGUCCAGCAUUAAGAAAAAAAGUUUGGCCUUCCUGAUUCAACAGAGCAGCUUAGCCUGUUUAGGCUGUGGCCUUAUGAGAAUUUUAUUCGCCAGGUAUCUCAGAGGGAAGCUUUAUUUUUUAGACAUUAUUUAAAUAUUGCAAAAUUAAUGUUUCGCUUACGUUUUUAUUUAACCCCAUCCAGAUCCAGUGAGGCCUUUAAAACAGCGCGUCAAUUUUAAAAGUUUUUUCAUAAGGCAGUUUCUGUUUAGCGCUUAGUGUUAGUUCUGGCUUUGAAAUGAAGAUCCCAUUAAAAAGCCUGGCAUUCAGACAUAAAAUUAGGGAGAUCUUGUAAGCAUGAAUUGAAAUAUAUGAAAUGCGGAUGAAGGUAUGAAAGUGAAAAUGAUCAUCGCAUUAAAUUCGCAGCCUAUUCGGUUGAAAAAUAACCUAAAACAUUUGGCAGCGUUAUCGCAGAAAGUUAGAGGUAAUAUUAUUUAUUGUUGGGGAAAAUACUCCGCGGCUUUAAAUUAAUAAUUUCCACGAUGUUUUAAUUCCGGUAGUGUAGUAACCUUUUUGUUACGGCAGCUUCUAAAACGCACCUGAGAAAACCGCACAGUCUCUGUGAACUCUCACUUUAACUUGCGAGAGAUGCAAAAAAAACACAAUAGAGUGACAUUACUUUCAAACCAAAUUUACGGGUUAAUGUUCAAAUAAAAUUGUGAGCAGUUUCACCAUAUUUUGUUGUAGUAUUGGCUGUUGGGUUUUCAAAAUGUGGUCAUUUUUAGGAAGCCCACCAUCGAGAUGCGGUCAUCUCUAGGUGGGCGGUCAAAACUACAGCAAAUACCGGUUAAACGAAAAUUGUUGGUAUUAAUUUGAAUUAGGUUUGUUGGUUAAAUGACCAGGAGGAAAUUGUGUACAAGUGAAUAAUCACAACCCUGAGUUUGAAAUCCACAAAACUUUUUAUUUUGGACCAAGUUUGAUUCGUUCUGUAAAAAGACUAACAGAAGAAAUUUGUGACUGUAAAAUUGUCAAAAAAAGUAACUGGUUUCUGAUUCCUUUAUAUUAAAAUGACAGUGCAUAUAAAACAGUUAACAGGAAAGAUGCAUGUAAGGGGUUGGACCUCUUGGCGGAGUCUCACAGCAUGUACAAAAUUUUAUUGUAACAAUGUAAUGUUACAGUUGAGAUUGGAAAUUUACGUUAGUCACAAAACGAAUCAAACAUAUAGGAAAUGUCACAUGCACAUCACCUUUGACUGUCAGCAAAUGUUAUGCAGUUCACUAUAUUUGCUCCCUUUGCAAAUAUGGAUAAUUAUGAUACAAAUGUUCAAAUUUAUGAUACAGCCAAAUGUGUAGAAAUUUAUUGUUUUUGCUCUUAAGGCAAAUACGAGUAAACCACAUGCAAAAGUGUUCUUUUGGUAUCCUGGAAAAACAAGAGCAAACACCACUGCAAAUUAGUGGUUUUGCAAUAUUUUGGCCUGCAUUUGAACUACAGUGAAAACUGUCAUUUUUGCCAAGGAUGUAAAUUUGAGUAAAUUGGUAGAAAUGUUGAAGAUUUGCCCAUGCUGCAAAUAUGUAUCAAAUUUGUAUCAAACCAUUACAUUUACUUGACUUUUGCGUAUCAAUACCUAUCUAGCAAAUAUAUGAAUUUGCCCACACUUUAGCCGACAGCGCAAAUGUAAUGCAAAUUUUGAGCUCCAAAUUUACCACAUAUUUGCACCUUUCGCAAACAUUAGUAAAUCCGUUUUUUCGUCCAGUGCGUCGCAAGGGAAUUGCCUUACCUUUAUCGUGCAUAGGUCGAGCCUAAGAUAGUGCUUUCAUGGAGUCUUUAUCGUGUGCAAAAGAUCGUCCUUUGAUCGAGCCUUUGGAGACUCGGAACGAACAUAAAUCUGCUAGAGGCUGUUCGGUGAUCGUUUUUCGAAGAUUGUUGUGUGAUGCGGUCUAUUCACACUACCUCUUUUGGUGCGUUUCGAGGAUACAGUAAGAAAUAAUGGAAUAGCCGACCCGUCGAAGUGUCGAUCGCCCCCGUUUGUCCAUUUUCUAAGCCGAUACAUUCACCUUAGAAAACGUCUUUUCAGUCAGAAGAUAAGGAGGAAAUAUGACUGGGCUUAGAUAAGUUCACAGACUGCAGGACCCUGCAGACUACAAAUUGCAUACCGGUUAUCAACAAAACGAAUUCCUUGCGAGCCUUAAAUUUAUCCUUAGUUUAAUCCUGCAUGUAGUAGGGUACACAACGAAGUUACAAUACCUUACGAGUACAUGUCUCUCUCUUCGCGCUUAAAAUCAUGCUUCAUCGUGCUUAAAUGGUGCCUCAAGGACAAAGGGAAGAUGCAUGAAAUGCCAAAGAACGAUAACCGAGCCUUGGUUUAAGGUUAUGUAUGUUGCAUUGGAAAUUUUCUCCAUUUAAGAUUACCUUCUAACGCUCAAGAGUAGUUGUUUAUUUAAUACCAUGAAAAUCAUCGGUAAACUUUAAGCUAAGAAGAAAUACCUGUAUAUAUCUCUAAAAGCUUUGCAAAUUUCGGUCAAUACAGUUUUAUUGUACAGGUCAGAGUGAGAUCGAAGCGUUUAGUGAAAGCAGGACAAAAUGACGUCUUUUAACUGCCUUACAUCUCGUUGACAACAAAUUUAAAUCCGUCAGAUCACAGCUUUACGCAGAAAUUAUUACUCGCUGCAAUGUACAUUGAUUGCAUAGCAACCGUUCUCAAAAACCCAUUUUUCUUCCUUCCUCUUCCUUAGUUAACGGUGGUCACCAACAUCGUGCGCAUGGCCUUACAGUGUGUAAGGUGUUGCUGGAAUAGAUAACCAUGUUUUUUGGUCCAAAUGAAAGCGUAUCCCAAAACCUCGAGGAACAUAUGAGACUAUUUACUUGUUCCUCAUUUUACUUUUAAAAAAGAAUCGUGGUUCUCAGGAUUUCUUGCUUUCUCCGAAACGUGCGCUAUCAUGCGUACUACGUCUUGCCUACACUACCUUUAACUGAUCGAAAAGCAAUCUCCGUCCACAUGCAUAACAGUUUCUACAUAACGUAACAUUCAUAUACUUGUGUUGGCCUCCCAGUUUCAUUUAUUUCUUUUUUUUCUUCAGCAGGUAAUGUUCUGACGUUUAUUAAGGAACCAAGUAACAGUAUUUAUGUUAUAAGAGGAAAUGAUGCAAUCUUUAAAUGGCUCUAUGAAGAGAAAAACAAGAAUGUUGAGUUAAAUUCUAUCAUCUGGAGCGUAGAAAACACAACUGAUGGAAAAGAGUAUGCUCUGAUAAUGGAACUUGCAAAUGGCACCGUAACAGUCAGUUCUCAAAUACCAGUGGCAUACCUCAACAGAGUGGAGAAAAUUGGUCAGGCCACCCUGGUGGUUAAGAAAGUAACAUUUGGUGACUCUACAACGUUUUCUUGUUUGCUUAGAUCAACAAGGGGAUCAUCUUUUGAUACAAAAAGUCGCAUUCAACUUAUUGUCACAGGUACCUCUGUUUAA